ACUUGGCCCGGCGCUCUCCACGCUCCAGCGUCGCCCGCCCCUUUCUCCUCGCCCCCAACUCUAUCCGACCCAUCAUCACCCACUGACUAAAACCCCACACACUUCAAAGGUUUCAGCAGCACGAGGAAGGUGAUGGGGGCGGUGACAAUGGCGAGCAGCUUCCUCGUCCUCCGCCCGCGGGCGUCUUUGCCGUCGGCGUCGCAUCCUCGUCGUGCGCCCACGAGCGCCCCGCGGCGCCUCCUGGCCACGGCUGCUGAAACUCAUCCGCGGGAGGGGCUCUCCGUGGUGGCCGGCGAGACGAGGGCGAGGGCGACGACGACGCGGCUCUACUCGCUGGCGCCGUGCCCGGUGCUGCUGGCGGCGCUGCUGCCGGGGGCGGAGCCCAUCAGCGCGGCGUUCGAGCCCUUCGUGGAGCUGGUCAGGACCUUCAGCCUCCCCGACUGGCUCGUGCACUGGGGACACCCCGGCAACAUGGCCGUGGUGCUGUUCGCAAUGGGUGGGUACGGGACAUACCUGGGAUUCAGGAUCAAGCUGUCUGACGACCCUGAGGAGAAGGCCAAGGCCAAGGACCUCCACCCCAAGCUCCUCGGCGGCAUGUUCUUCUUCUUCGCCCUCGGUGCCACCGGCGGGGUCACCGCCCUCCUCACCUCCGGCAAACCAAUCCUCGAAAGCCCUCACGCGGUAACCGGUGUCAUUGGCCUUGCACUCCUGACCGUGCAGUCUCUCCUGCCAACAUUGUUUGAGGGAAACCCUGGGCUGAGAGGCGCGCACGGCCUACUCGGCAGCAGCAUCAUGACGCUCUUCCUUUUCCACGCCGCGUUUGGGCUGCAGCUCGGCCUCAGUUUUUAGUUUGGGGUUUGUUUCUGUGGUUGUUUAGAAGAAGUAAAUUCAUCUCCCACAAUUUCUCCUUGUCUUUGUUAGCUACUAGUAGUACUGUCAAGAAAACGAUAUCCCAACUUACAUACGUGCAGGUAUGCAUCACAACAUAAUUUCUUUCCAGAACCAUGGAUUACAAUGUGUAUGAUCUUUUUUACAACCGUCAGGGGGUUUGUGUAAACAGAAACAAAAGUAAUAGAGAUAUUUUUUACAACCGUGAGGGGGUUUGUGUAAACAAAAACA